GCCGCGAACCCGGGCGAGACCGUCGCGGCGCUCAAGGCGCUGCCCGUGCACCUGCUGGGCAUCCUCGUGGGCUGCGAGAGCGGCGUCGAGUGCCACGACGCGCUGACGACGGCCUUCGGCGGCUUCCCGUCGAACGGCAUCGAGAAGUCGCUCACGCGGCGCGACAAGCACCCCAUGGGCGAGGCCGUGCGCGCCGCGGGCCUGCGGGCCGUGAAGCAGAAGCUCUGCGGCAGCUGGGCGGACGCGCGGGCCUUCUGCGGCGACGAGCUGAAGGUCCAAGCCGGAGAAACGGGCGCGUGGUGCGUGCUCAAGCCCUGCAAGAGCGCGGGCACGGACGGCGUCUUCAUCGCCAAGUCUUUGACGGAAGCCGAGGACAAGUUCGGCGAGAUCGUGGGCAAGGAGAACGUCUUCGGCGAGACGAACGCGGCCGUCCUCGUGCAGGAGUUCAUGAAGGGCACGGAGUUCGUCGUCGACUCCGUGUCCGUCGAGGGCACGCACAAGUGCGUCGCCAUCUGGGUCUACGACAAGCGGCCCUGCAACGGCGCCCAGUUCGUGUAUUAUUCCAUGGACCUGUACACGUCCGCGGACGGCAAGCGGGAGGACGCGCUCGUGAAGUACGUGCACGGCGUGCUCGACGCGCUCGGCGUGCGCCACGGGCCGAGCCACGCGGAGGUCAUGUGGCUCGACGCCUGCGACGAGCCGUGCCUUGUGGAGGUCGGCUGCCGGCCCCACGGCGGCGAGGGCACCUUCGUCGACAUGGCGCAGCCGUGCAUCGGCUACUCGCAGCUCUCCGUGAUGCUCGACGCCGUCGAGAAGCCCUACCGCUUCCACCGGCUGCCGACGCGGCCCCAGGGCAUCACGGGCGGCUCCUCCGAGGUCUGCCUCAUCGCGCACCAGGCGGGCGUGCUCGCGGGCUACCCGGCCGCGCCCAAGGUCCGCGAGCUCAAGUCCUACCUCUGCGAGGAGCUCAAGGCCAAGGUCGGCGACGCCGUGCCCCUGACCGUCGACUUCCUCACGACGCCGGGCUCCAUCAUGCUCGUCGACGACGACGCGGCCCAGAUCGAGGCGGACAAGGACGAGAUCCACGAGCUG